CUCUGGCCCUUUCUCUGGGGCAAGGAGAGGCAAUAUCUAGUUUCUGCCACCUCAGCAGGUUUGGUGGGGGCCAUAGUUGGCCUUUCCCCUUCGGACCAGACACUGGUGCUGUGACAUCAGUGUGGAAAGCCUCCACCUUCCCUCUUCUCUAGGUCUGUGGCCUUUGCCCUGGAGAAGGGAGGAGGCUGCCUCAAAUGCCUCCCAGAACUUGGGUUGUCCUGUCUGGCCUUACCCCUGGCCCCAGUCAUUACGUGAGCCAUUUCACCUGCCAGGUGCCGGGUCAGUGAGCUGGUCAGCACAAGCGUCAGAGAUUAGCCACUGUGACCAGUGAUCCUGAACUGUCUCAGGGAUUCCACCAUUCCCUCUCUCCCUCCCCCGUUCCUCAUUCCUUCUGCUCCACCCUCCUUUCUCUUAUAUUGUCUAUAUUGUCCCAGUCAUGCUUACUAGGCCACUUCUCUAUUUUGAGAUGUUCCCAGAAAGAUAACAGCAUGACAGAAAGGAAGAGCAUGGUACUUGGUAGCAGAAAACUUUGGUUCAAGUUCCAGUUGUAACUCUUCCUUAGCUGUAUGACCUUGGGCAUUUCUGACCCUCAGUUUCCUCAUCUUCACAUUUACCACAGAGUGUUAAGAGGAUUAAAUGAGACGAUGUGUAAAAACACUAAAGCACUUGCAAAUGUACAAUAUUCCCAGGCCCUCCCAGUUCCAGUCCUGGUGACAGUUUCGGAUCCCCCCAGCCCUGUUCUCCAGCAUAGAAUUAUCCAUAUAGGCAUCUUUCUGUCUACAUUUGCCAUUCCUGACUUUGGUAGUUGCAGACUGAGUCUUUCUUUCCUAUGUUGAUACCUUGGCACUUCUUGCAAAUAUGAGGUUGGUAAUUCCAUUCCUAUUUGUGUGUCCAGUGGAACUAUCACCGCUCUUCCCAGACACACUGAUACUGGGUCUGGAGAUUCGGGUGAAGGUCUCAGACUAUGUCCAAGACCGGAUUCGGGCCUUAAGAGCAGCUCCUGGAGGUGGCUUCCAGAAUAUCGCCUGUCUCCGCAGCAAUGCCAUGAAACACCUUCCUAACUUCUUCUGCAAGGGACAGCUGACAAAGAUGUUCUUCCUCUUCCCUGACCCACAUUUCAAGCGGACGAAACACAAGUGGCGAAUCAUCAGUCCCACACUGCUGGCAGAAUAUGCCUACGUGCUGAGAGUUGGAGGGCUGGUAUAUACCAUAACUGAUGUGCUAGAGCUACACGACUGGAUGUGCACCCAUUUUAAAGGACACCCCCUAUUUGAGCAUGUGCCUCUGGAGGAGCUGAGCGAAGACCCCAUUGUGGGACAUCUGGGCACCUCAACUGAAGAGGGAAAGAAAGUUCUUCGCAAUGGAGGAAAGAAUUUCCCAGCCAUCUUCCGAAGAAUACAGGAUCCCACCCUCCAGGCGGUGUCCCCCAAUCCCACCACUCCUGGUCACUGACUGCUUACCUUGCCUUAGCUGGACUCCAUCUUCCAAGUACUAGAAAGAAGAUCAAGCUUCCUGGAACUUCCCAGCUGAGACUGCUGGGGCUGAGAGGCAAUAAAUCUCUCAAAGAAGUUGGGGGACUGCCCAGGGACAGAAUCCUGGUUUUCACAACUAUCCCUGCCUCCUCUCACCUUCCCGCCCCGCCACUGCCAGCAGAAAGCCGAAGGAACUGACUGGGAAGGUCAG